AUGACUCAUCCGUACGAAGAGGAGAAGGAUAUGAAGAAGCUGAAGAAACACUACGACGGGUUAGGUUACAUUUGCGAUGCUCAAUAUGGAAUUCCUACCCGUUGCCCAUGUGGUGGUGAAAUCAAGACAGAUGUGUCUCCAAAUCCGAAGUAUCGCCACGAUUUCGAUACCUUUCCUGGAAGUAGGUACUUCACCUGCAAGAAUUAUGAGGAUGAUGGGAUGCACUUUCGUCAGCCAUGGACUUUUGGUGUUGAGAAGGAAAUGAGGCACCUAUGGAUGGAGGUCAAUGAUAUGGCUGAAGAGAUUGCUAAGCUUAAGAGGCUUAUUACCUCCACCUCCCGUCCAAGAGAUUGCUAA